AUGUUGAACGGCCUGGCGAACGGCGGCUUUUUCACCCUUUACCCAGUCGUGGUGGCCAGCAUGGCUGCUCGCGUUGAGAACAGCGAGUCCGGCCGCGUGGCGAUAUCAAUGGGCAUGGCAAUCUCGGGGUGGACAGGGGGCUAUUUGAUGGGCGUACCUAUUGCAGGCUAUCUCCUUCAAGCCUCGGGGCUAGGAGGCUCAGGAGGAACACAACAGGCCAAGUCCGGCGCCUCGAUCGAUCCAUACAGGCUGGCGAUAUUCUACGCUGGCGGCGUCGCCCUCGCGGCAGCCGCGGGUGUCUCGAUUGCGAGACUAAAACUCGAACACGGCGUGAGGAAGAGGGUCUAA